AUGACAGAAUUCGAUGAGGAGUCGAAGGUAGUCACCCAAAUCCAAAAUGGGCAUACUACGGGUCUUCCCAGUGACGGGGUCGCCCUGGGAGUCAUCGAUUGGUAUGGGCCCGACGACCCGGAAAACCCAUACAACUGGCCCCUGCGCAAGAAGUGGACAAUCACCGCGGUAGGGAUCCUGGCGACGUUCACGACGAUCCUGAACGGAACCAUGAUCACCGUCGCCCACGAGGCUAUCAACAACGAGUUCGGCGUCAGUGACGCCAAAUUUCCAAACUCGUACUGGCCAGUCACUAGCUGGGCUUUGGGGGGUGGUUUGUGUGGCCUCGUCGUUUUGCCUCUGAUGGAGGAUUUCGGUGUGCGGCCCGCAUUUCUUCUCACAUACAUCGUCUUCAUCUGCUUCAUCAUCCCACAGGCAGUGGCGCAAAAUUUCGCAACGCUGAUCGUCUCGCGGUUCUUCUCCGGUGGUUGCGUGUCUGUCCUCGCCAACACCGCUGCAGCCUUGAUCGGCAACAUCUGGGAAGGCGACCGCGCUCGCACCAUCCCUAUGAGUCUCUUCGUCACUCUCUACCUUGCCGGGAGUAGCACAGGACCUGUUAUUGCGGGUGUCAUAUUCGAAAACCUGUCGUGGCGAUGGAUCUCGUACAUCCAGCUGAUCUGGUAUGGCGCUCUCUUCCCCAUCUACAUCUUCUUUUUCCAGGAGAGCAGGGGUUCUAUCAUCCUUCAAAAGCGUGCUUUGAAGCUACAGAAGGCGGGCGUCGCAAUACUGGGCCCACACGACGGAGGCCAUCUGAGUCUGCCACGCAAGUUGAUUCGGAGCACGAAGCGGCCUUUGCGGAUGCUCCUCACCGAACCGGUCCUCUUUGUCUUCACACUCUGGUCAGCUUUCAUGGUCGGUACCGUUUAUCUCUUCACCCAGUCCGUCGAGCAGGUCUUCGCUGGGUUGUACGGCUGGUCAGCCUCACAGGCUGGCUAUGUCCAAGCAGCAGUCGUUGUAGGCGAGUUUGUCGGCUGGACUGGAGUUCUCAUCAAUGCAAAGCUCUACUUCGCCUCAGUGUCCCGCAAUACGGAAGUGCCGGGGACACCCAUACCCGAAGCUCGACUGUAUGUGAGUGUUUUCGGAAGUUUCGUCGGCGUGGCCGGCGGUAUGUUUGUGUAUGGAUGGACCUCCUACCCUUCCGCACCCUGGAUCGCACCGGCAAUCGGCCUCGCCAUGGUCGGGUACGGGGUGAACGUGGUGGUGGUAGCGAUCGCCGACUAUGUGGUGGACGCGUACGCCAAGUACGCUGGUAGUGCGUGUGCAGCCGUCGUGCUGGGCGAGAACCUGUUCUCAGCCUUUUUGCCCCUCGCCGCGCAGAGCAUGUACACCGAUCUCGGCUUCCGUUGGGCCAGCAGCCUGUUGGGCUUCCUGGCUCUACUCCUCUCCUUUGCGCCCGUGUGUAUAUUGUUCGCAGGCCGGCGACUGAGGCAGCGGAGCCCCUUUAUGAAGGAGGCGAUUGUUCUGAGGAGAGAAUACUCGCGCGCGAAUUGA